AUCGUCCGCACGGCUUGCUGCAGCAAGGCUAGGCACAGCGUUGAUGUCACUGGUACGUCUGAUGCACUUGGUGCCUAAAAGAGCAGAGCGAACUCCGCCCAAAGCUGGCUGCGAAUGACCCUCCCAGUCGAACGUCCUCGUUGCACCGCCGGCGCUUUCUCGUGCGACAAGCCUGCCCCUUCUCCAUCUCUCGUGCGGCAAGCAGACGACUCCGAGCACGAGGACGAGCCCUGCAGCAUGCACCAGCAAGGUGUGGGCGUCGCAUGUUGCUCGUGGCGCCGAUCGAGCUUGUGGGCAUUCGGCCGCAGAAGCAGGGUGCGUCGUCGUCCCACAGGACGCCCCUGCAGCGCCGAGCAUGCCCAACAAUGCCCCGGCGGGCGGGACCUCUGCAUGCUGUGCGGGACCGAAGCGCUGGCGAGUCUUCGGUCAUGCGCAUCAAAGGCCCUCAGGCAGGUGGACGACGUUCCAGGCACGGCACUCCGCCCAGCUGCUGCGGGUACGUGCCAGGGUGCAGACGAGACACGUUGGGCAGAUCGCUCGGACCGCUCGUCGGGUCCCAGAUGAUGUAGCGUGGGAUGCUCUCAUGCGCCAUGGCACCCAUUGAGCCGGGACCCGGCCGAGAGAGGUGCUGAUGCGGCCGAGAGAGACUUCCGGAGCGAGGUGAGACCGGCCAGCAGCAGGGAUGCGCCGC